AUGCACGAUGCCAUGGCCGUCGUUCGCUCCAGGCGCAAGGCGCAGGAGCAAGCGGCGCGAGAGGAGGAACUGAACCGGCGCGAACAGGAAUUGGCAGCACGCGAACGAUCACUACAGCACCAACAGCAGCAGCAGCAGCAGCAGCAGCCCCCACUUGAUGCUGCGUUCUACUUGGCUGCUGCUUCCCAGCCCUCCGACAGUGCGAGGACGCCUGCAGCCGUGCGUCAGCGGCAGCAGCGGGUGCACGCGGCGCUGCGGAGAGGGCGCUCCCAACACGUGCCGAUUGACCAGCUCAUUUCGCCCCCGAGCGACUUCAGACACAUCACGCACGUCAGCGCGGAUGAGUUGGCGCGACAAAUGGUUUCGUCGCCGUCAUCGUCGGACCAGCACUUGAAAGUGGCCGAAACUGGUUUCCUUCGCAUCCUCUCAGCGUCUGCAUUUUCUGCGCGUGGUGACGGUGCGACAACACCGCGGCGGUUUGGGGCGGCGCAGCAGCAGCUCUCCUCCGCGGCAACGAAGGCUGCAACACCAUCGUCAUCGUCAGCUGCAGCAACAACGCCAACAACACCGGGCAGUGGCGGGAACGGUCACAGAGGUUCGUCCACGUCGCUGUUCAACCCGUUUCGCCGCGGCCACGCCCGCAGCAAAUCGGACGUUUCAUCCGAGCACCAGAAGCAGCAGCACCAACAGUCGCCCGAUGUUGCGCCCGAUACGCCUCGCCGCCGCCGCCGGUUGCUGUCCUUCUUCAGGCGCGGAAGCGACGGGGCAGGCGGACCGGACAUCCACAUCCAUCCACCAAAGGAGCAGGACCACCAGCACGGUGACGACGAUGACGACGAUGAAGAUGGUGAUGAGAGCAAGCACCACCACCGCCGGCACCACUACCUGCGCCGCCGCCGCCACCACCACCACACGCCGAGCAAAUCACCGGGCGGGAUUGAGCGGGCGGAGACAGCUCCCGCUAAUGUGUUUGAUUCGCAGCAGAGCCACAACGACGAUGGUGACGGUGACGAUGACGAUGAGGGUGGCAGUGGCGAUGAUGGUGGUGCCGAGAGUGGUUCCACGGAUGGGCAGAGAUCAAAGAAGGACAGGGGCUCCAAGAAGAAGAAGAAGAAACAGAAGAAACAGAAGAAAGAACACCGACACAGCAAGCGGGAGGAGAAGAAGAGCAAGAAGAGCAAAGGGUCUCACAGUGAUGAUCAGCACCAGCAUGUGGACGGCGCACCUUCCGCCACUGGCAAUGGUGACGGUGAUGGUGAUGGUGAUGACGAUGACGAUGCUGCUGUUGUUGAUGAUGGUAAGGAGCGACGAAAGUCGCAACUUCAACGGCAGCGCCGCCUGCCAACGAGCACCACCGAUGAAGGUGAUGGUAGUGAUGGUGGCGCGAUGAAUGCUGUCAAACACAAUGUGGUGUUCUUCGCUGGGCAGGGGACGUCGCCGGGCAAGCGCCCAUCUAUUGAGCGUCGACACUCCACAUGA